AUGGGAGACAAGACCGAGAUGGCAUCAUGGAACGGUCUCCCCGUCGAGCUCAGGGGUCUCAUUCUCGAGCAUCUGGCAUUCAGCGCCGUCGCAGAGAGACGCUCGAGAAUCUGGAAGGCCAAGAGCAAACGCCAUGAUAUGGGCAGCUACGCCGUAGUGUGCCGCCAGUGGCAGGGGUUUAUCGAGAAGAUCAACUUCAGCAAUCUCGAGAUCAGCACCGCCAAGGACCUCGCCAGCUUUGACGAGAUACUCCAGGACCCAGCCCGCCGCUCCUACCUCCGCCGCGUCUCACUCCGCGUCGAGCUGCCGCGCUACCCCAACAAGCUCGCCAAGGUGCCCGAAACUGACAUCGAGCAGAACGAGAACGAAGUCGCCUUCACACAGGGCGUCUGGAACUUCUUCGACAUCCUGAGCAAGUGGGCGCCUUCGGCUUCGGACUUCGAGCUUGAGCUGAGCGCCGCCUCGCCCAGCGAUAAGAACAAGUACUUUGGCGAGAUGGGCCUGGACCAGGACGGCAACUCACGCUUCUUCGACCACGACCUCGACUUCUGCUUCAUCACUGCCGGUUGCGACCAGAUUGGACGACACGGCUUGCCCGAGGUUCCGGUCAUCAGCAGCUGCCAGAUCUUGCGCCGUAACCACCGCAACUUCUCAUCUCGUGCGCUCCUCACCAUUUUCUCAAGCCUGCCUCGGCUUCGGGAAGUUCGCUUUGAGCCGUGGCAUCAAGUAGACAUGGAGGCACAGUUGGAAGUCGACUCAGAUCACGCCCGGAGCCUUCCAUUCUGGCCGUCUCACAUCAAGCGGAUCAGCAUUUUUGAGCACUUCGACGCCUUUGCUGAUGGUGGCGAAGGCGAAUGGGAGGAUGCCGAUUCAGGCGAAGAAAAUGAGAUGGAAGCAAACCCGGACCCUGCCGCACCUGGUCCCGCCAUGGCCGAGGCCGACGACCUGGGCGAUGUCCCGAGAACGUCUUGCCCCAGUCUGGGUCACAACCUGGGCCAUCUCAGUCUUCAAGCCGAGGAAAUGGCUGUUUCAAACGUGUCCGACGCGAGCGACUUCUUCGAGGGAUUGAUUUCCCGUAACCGCUCGCCACCCGUGUGGAAGCACCUCCGUCGUCUUGCUCUGACGUCCAACAUGAUGAUUGAUGGUGUCGACGCCGAGCUGAUCAACAAUGUCCUUCGCACGGCGGCCAAUGCUGCAAAACACAUGCCGGCGUUGCAGAUUUUGGAGAUUUACAAGACGGAUCAGUUUGGGGGCGCCGUCUUCCGCUACAGCGUUGACUCGCUUUCAACGACAGCCUCCUGGGAGGGCACCUGGGACUUCCGCGUGGAGAAGGACGUGAAAGCGGCGUGGGCAGAAGUGUCAAAGAGGAACACCGCCCACGACCUGGAUUUCAUGCCCGAGAUUCACCUAGGUGACUAUUGCGGACCAUACGCCUUCUUUGACGAGCACCUGAAGACGAAGGACCUCGUUCUCCACCCGAGCUCGCUGGAGGACAUGCUGUCGAAGAAGAUGGACAAGUGCAAAGCGUGCAACGGAUACUGUGCGCAUCCAAAGAGUGCAGAGCAGAUCUGGGGUUCGUUUGGAGACGAUGCAUAG